AUGCGAGACUACAUGAAAGUAAGUGCAAGCCCCCAUCCUCAGUAUUGGCCUUAGAUAAUUUUCUGAAGGUCUGUUGAGAUGAAUAGACAGGAGAUGAUAGAUAGAUAGAUAGUCUGGAGUCACAGUCUUACACCAGAGCAGUUACGUAAUGGUUCUGCUCUCUGGGUCUUGUGAAGAGUUGGGAAUAUUGUGUGUUACAUUUUUAUACUAAGACUGUUGUGGAGGAUUUCAGCUGGGGGGGAAAUUGUAUUGUUUUAGUCCUUUAAUAUAUGAGUACUGUAACCCAGACUUUGGUUUUACCUCAGUGAAUGAUUAUUAUUUUUUGAUCAUCCUAACAAGAAAUAGUGGAUAGCACUUUGGGCAAGCUCUGUUUGUGUUCUGCCAAAAAUACCUCAGAGCUGGUGCCCAAAUGUAAUCAAUUCUUCUGGGCAUGUGAAACUGAAGCCCUAACACCUCGCCUGACUUCAGCAAACCGUACUUCAGUUCAAGGCUUGUGUGGGCACUCUGAGCCUCAACGAGGGCUUUCAUGGCAUCUAAUCCACUAACCUCAUCUCCCUAAUCGCAUUAUAUAUGAACAUGAUGAAAUAUAACUUAAGCUGGCACCUGGAAGGCUCUUGGCUUAGUCAUUUCAGUUCAGCAAUGUGCAGGGGAUAACUUGAUUUCUUCUGUCGAGUACAGAAUUUACUUUGCCAAGGUUUCGUUUUCUUUCUUAAUUUAAAGCAAUGCAUAUAGGAUAGGAUUUUAUCAGACAGAAGUGACCUACCUGGGGUUUUUGUUGUUGUUGUUUGAGAAUGAAACACUGAAGAGUUAUAGGCUAGUGGAUCGCAUUACUACCUGAGAAACAUGCCCACUUUCACUGGGGCUACCAAAGAUUGAGCACCUUCUAGCUUAGCUUGCUAAGAAUAAAUAAUGGAUGUUUUGGCACAAGCAUGGAAUGUAGUUCUUUACAGCUACACCUGAUGCCUAUUAGUAAAGAAGUCUUCUGAAUUAUCUGAUUCACAGGGGGCUAGUUCUCACUUCAUUUUUAAAAUAUAUAUAUAUAUAUUCAGCAACACACAUUCAAGUAUAAAAUACAUGCACGGUAUCGGAGAAAUGAAACGGGUGCAAGCCCUGUUUUCAGCAAUUAUCCCUUUAAAAUAUGCACUACAAUUGGGAAAGGAUCAGAUGCUGCUCAGUUACAUUUGAGAAGGACAAGGACCAUCUGGGGAACAGCAGCAGGAGAAGGCUCUUGCUGACUGAUGAUCCAGCAGGGCUCUUAUGCUCUCAACAAAACAUGAAUGAGCACUUCACAUUUGAUGCAGCUUGUGUGCGUUUUAUACUGCAUUUUUGUAUGCCUAGAUAGCCAAUUACAUAGAUAAAGUAAGAACUGAGAACCCAUAAAUGAAUUUUCUUUUGGGAUGAUGACAGGCACACAUACACACAUUAAAAGGAUGCUAGAAGUGGUUUGGACACCCACCUACUGCAUCCCAAUGUAUUUGCUUUCAGGGCAGAGAGUGUCUAUCCAAGCCACUUCUACCACAGUUCAAAUGUAUGUUGGUCUCCAUCCUUUGUUUCAAAUGCAUCUGCCAGCUGGGUCCUUGAAUCCAGAUGUCUCCUCUGAUCAUGGAUCAUGGGGUGCAGUCUUGCCUUCAGCGUUGUGUCACUGGCAGUGAGCUACUGAACAAGAAUUCUGCGUCCACUUCCAUAAUAUGAGACCCACUGUUCUGGGGUUGAUUUCUUCAACAGGGUAUUUCCCUGAAAUAAAGGGCAUGGUGUUCUAUGUUUGCUUUUCUUCACCCGCUCUUCUGGAAGCAACUAUCUAUGCAAACUACUCACCUUAACAUAAUGGGGCAAUUUGAAUUGUUCAUAGAUAAAGGUACCUGAUUUAUGACUUUAGCACUUCCUGCCACCAGUGAGAAGGGAAGGGAAGCACGAAAAAGGGGGAAAGAUCAGUUUGUGUCCUCUUCUUCCCAGCAGGAGGGCAAGAUUGAGCAAGAAUAAACAUAUAAUUUUCCCAUCCUUUUUAGAAUAACAGCCAGCAACGAAGAUGAUUGAAAUAAAGAUCUGAAUGAAAGAAAACUGGCUACAGCUCAAAUCCAUGAUCACUGGAAAAGGAAAUAAUAACUCAGGACAGACGGGUGAAAUCUCCUUGAUGCCCAGAUUAUCUAUUGAAGGUGCAGGUCUAUUUCCAACCUAGGAGAAUUUACUUACUUUUGUUAGGCAAUAUCCAUAGCUCUAAGGAACAACUAAUUCACUAAACACGCCUGGUGAAUCAUUAAGGCAGAGAGAAAAGUAAAGACAGAACUAUACUUAUCAAAGGAGUGUUGAAGAAGAAGAAACAAUUAUAAGCUGUUGAUUUGAUGAUUAUCUCCAUCAAAUAACACAGCAAAACAAAACAGGGGGAAUAUCUGUAUUUUUUAUCAAGGGUUUCCACCCAUAAUGCUGGGUACUUCCCACCCGAACAAUGAAGCAAGGAAGCAAUAAAUAAUCUUUUGCAUUCUGGGAUACAAAGCAAGAUAUUGUGCUAAGUUCAGAAAAAGAUUAGCAUGGAGGAAUGAGGUCAGAAGAAAAGGAAGAAAAAGAGUGACAAUAACGGCUUUUGAAGGGAGGGGCUCAUGAGCCGCUAUUCAAUUUCUCAUGACUGAUUGGUAUUGUGUUGUAUUACUGGUAGGGACACCGCCCCUUUCACAAACUUUUUGAAAACAUAAGAACCCUGCUAGAUAAAACCAGAGGCCCUUCUAGUCCAGCUUUCUGUUCCCAGAGCUACUGAGCAGCUGUCUAUGGGAAGCCCCUAAGCAAGUAAUGAGAACAGCAACUGGUAACCAGAGCAGCAGGGCUCACAGCAACAGGCUUUCGGUGGCAGAGGGAUGAGGCGACACCGAGUUCAGGACCGUGUGGAUGCACAGGCAAAGUUAAUCUUGGUGUUCCCACUGAUGCACCCACAAAAUCCCAGCCUAAAUGCCACCUUGCCCCUCGCCAUUCCUGAUAAGUGGUAGAGCUUCCGCUGCCGAGAAGCUGUUGCUGUGACUCUGUCCAGCCGUCAGGAGCUGAAGUCAGACAAUAAAGCAAUAAAGCACCUGAUGUCAGUGAAGUUAACUCUUUAUUCAAAGCAGCAAAUCAGCUCAGCCCUAGUGGUCACAGCAACCUUUCCCAGUAAGUCUUGCCCCAAUGAAGCAGUUGUGAGGACCGCUCUCUAAGGUGCCUCCCCUGGUUCCUUCCACAGCAGCCAAAGGCUCUGUCCUCUUGUCUCUUGUUCCUCCAUCUUCAUUUCUCUGCAUGUUCUGGGAGACCAGUGGGGAGGGUCACAGCAGGAGGGGGAGACUCCCUGGAUUCUUCAGCAACCUGCCUCAUCUCUGUCUCCUGGCUCCCUUCCUCUCCUGCCUCUGAAUCUGGACUGCCCUCUGCCACAGCCUCCUCCUGCUCACUAAACCCUGUUGCCUUUUUAAAUAUUUGGUGUUUUAUUAUGCUUUUAUUUUUGUUGGAAGCUGCCCAGAGUGGCUGGGGCAACCCAUAUCACGCAGUACAACUGUUUCUGGAUGGUACCGCUUCAGACUGCAGGUGUGAAAUCAUUUGCCUUAAUGCUCUUCUGUGGAGGAAAUUUUCCACCUGUACAUGUCGAAAAUGAAUAUGUCAGGAGAAAAUUUAGGCUAGAGCCCUUCUUCCUUAUUUUUAUGUGCAGGGACUUAGACAGACAGAUCAUAGAUCAAUAUUUGUCUAUUGAUAAUCCCUCACCCGCAGAUUGAAGUGGUUCAGUCUAUGAGCAGUUUUAUCACACAACUUUCCAUUUGUGCAGACUAGCUGUGAAUUUUAGUGAUUUUCUUUAGGACUCAACUGUCUUUCCUGGGUUAUGUCCUAGAAUAAAUAGGAUGAGCUCAUGGGUCUGCACCUCACCCUGGUCAUAUUCCCAAAUACGGUUCUAGUUUGGGGAUCAUAAUGCCACCCACUGUUCUUAGUGAACAGGCUUUUUGGGUUCUUGUAAACAGUGGUACCUCGGGUUACAGAUGCUUCAGGUUACAGAUGCUUCCGGUUACAGACUCUGCUAACCCAGAAAUAGCACCUUGGGUUAAGAACUUUGCUUCAGGAUGAGAACAGAAAUUGCGGCGUGGUGGCAGCGGGAGGCCCCAUUAGCUAAAGUGGUGCUUCAGGUUAAGAACAGUUUCAGGUUAAGAAGGGACCUCCGGAAUGAAUUAAGUUCUUAACCCGAGGUAUCACUGUAUAUGCAGUGCAAAUGCACAAAGAUGAACCCAAGACAUGAAAGACAACCAGGGGACAGAUCAAAAUAAACCACAAAGAAACAAACUGCAACAGAGAGGCACUGUGAGCAGGCAUAGCACCAAUUCAUAUCUUGUCUCUGAGCGUGUACCUUUUUGUGCUUGACUGUUUCUGUCUGUCUUGGGAGAUGAAGCACACAAGGCUUCCAUCAUGUCCGCAUGAACUGUUGCUGCUUGUUCCACAUGACUGUGCUGAAUGCUGACAAGUGGAGCAUGUGCCCCUGACAGCAGGUCUGCCAUUACAAAACCAUGUCCUGGCUGGCAUGCAAUUGUCUUGCACAAAAUACUUUUCUCGAGUCAGAGACAGAAUCCGCACAUGCCACUUAGAGUGGCAUGCAUGUGUGAAAGGCAGCUUGAAAUGUGCUUGUAUCCUUUAUAUUUUUUAAAUGGCUGGUGCCUGUGCAGGGAGCUGGAUGUACAGUCGCAGCUUCCAGAGUCUUGUGUGUCAUCUGUAAACAGAGGGGUUUUAUCUGAAUCACAUUUUUACUUCUCUAGUUACAAUUUCCCCCCACAUAUCACUUUCGGUAUCUUUAAACCUUAUUUAUUGAUUUUUCACACAAAAAACUUUACAGAUUUUAACAUAAAUUGUAAAUUACUUUAUCCAUCCAUCCUUUUAAUUGUCAAAUAAUUCUGUGUACAUUGCGACAGCCUUUGGCUAUGUGCAAUAAAACUGACUGGCUGACUGACUUAUCCAUCCAUCCACCCCUUCCAUGGUUUCCCUGUUUACACUUGAAUGCUGCAUAUUUCUCAUAUACUAUUCAAUAUAUCCAUUUUAACCUAUUUAAUGCUGUUGCUCAUAUUUCAGAUUCUGCAAGUAUCUUUUUGCUCACUCACUUUUGCUUACUUGAUUCCUCCUUCAUACCCUUGACUGUGAGUAUCUAUGGUAUGGCUGGUACAUUCAUAUACACAUCCCUCUGAGGGUAGGGACAUCUUUGGUGAAAUUAAUAAGAUGGGGUGUGUGCUUAUCAAUUUCAAUAGGAUGUUAUUUUAUCUUCUUCAUGUGCGUCCACCAAUGCUGGUGCACAAAAUAUCUGUAAUUAAGCAAUAAUCACAAGGUUUCAGUGAAAUUGUCAUGGCUUUCCUAUGUCCUUGUCAGUGUCCAGGGAGGACAGAGAAGUGGUUGUACCCACCCAGCCACCCACACUGGCAGAUUGUCACUGACAUGUCACACUGGACUGUCUCUAUGUCUGUUGUUGUUGUUGUUUAGUCGUUUAGUCGUAUCCGACUCUUCGUGACCCCAUGGACCAGAGCACGCCAGGCACUCCUGUCUUCCACUGCCUCCUGCAGUUUGGUCAAACUCAUGCUGGUAGCUUCGAGAACACUGUCCAGCCAUCUCAUCCUCUGUCGUCCCCUUCUCCUUGUGCCCUCAAUUAUUCCCAACAUCAGGGUCUUUUCCAGGGAGUCUUCUCUUCUCAUGAGGUGGCCAAAGUAUUGGAGCCUCAGCUUCACGAUCUGUCCUUCCAGUGAGCACUCAGGGCUGAUUUCCUUCAGAAUGCAUAGGUUUGAUCUUCUUGCAGUCCAUGGGACUCCUCCAGCACCAUAAUUCAAAAGCAUCAAUUCUUCGGCGAUCAGCCUUCUUAAAACAUUAACGUAUGGACAAUGGUAUAGUAAGAAGUGGGAGGAGAUUCCUAAGUGAUUAAAAACAGCACUUUGUAGGGCACAUAUGGGUUCAGUCAGAGACAUGGAUUGUAUCUAAACAUAAUAACGUAAGGCGAAAGUCAUUCACUGAAAGAAGGUCCGUGUCAUGAUGGGGGCGGGACGUGUGUGUCAAACAUAUGGAUGGAAGGAAGUCCUCGUGAUGGUCCAUUCUCAACUGAUUCCUCUGACAUCCCUAACUGCAUCCCAGGUAGUAAUAACUGAAUCCACUAUAUUGCCUGCAGAACCUAACAUAUUUAACUGAUGAAUAUGGUCGGGGAAGAAUCCGCUGGGAUUCCAAUGCAUUCCAAUGACAUAAGAGCAUGGUUGUGCUUUCCCUUUUAUUUCUUCCUCUUCUGCUACUGUGCCUGACAGAACCACCUGUUCAGUGAGGUGAUGCUUUUAGAGUGAAUUGUUUUGAUGGGUCAAAGAGCUGCUCUGCUAGAGCUGAGGUCUAAUGCAUGGAUGCAAAUCUUUGAACUCUCUGCACCACAUUCGUAUGCAUGCCCAUUCUGACUAUUUAAGGAACAUGUUGCUUGAGCUGCUAAUUGCUUAUGAAUCUAACAGCAGAUGUGAACAUGUCUGGCAGUCUUUUUACUUCUUAAGCUUACAGUUUUGGCAUGUUCCGCAUUGUCUGACCUUUAGAUUAAUCACCUUUUAUGUCUGGUCUCUCAUAGGCAAUUUCAGGUUUUUGAUCUUGUUUAGCUGAAAUCCUGUUACCUCUUGUACUGGAAGCAACACACUGCAAAUUCUUGGUGUUUAGCUGUGGUGCCAUCUCAGGUGACCAUAAUCAUCACCAAGGCUGUGUGUCUGCUACGUUGUUGUGCAGACAAAUCCUUCAAGGGAGGAUGAAGGAUGUCAGUAAAUAAAUAAAACAACACUUAAUCCAUUCUUGGAGAUCUGAAAAUCCCCAGGCUGAAAAUUUGCCAACUUAGUUGGACAUAUGCAGUCAUUUGGUCCGGCUCUAAUCACAUCAUGCAUUUUGAAAGUAUCCCCAAAAUUCCAGAACUUUUCCAUGAGCUAGUAUAUUAUCUAAUAAUGAUUCUACCACCAUACAGAAGAAUUUGCAUUGCAUCCUGACACCACCUCUUUGCUUUCCCUUGGGUCAACAAUGACCAUUCCUGUCUUCAAAUAACCCCCGACUUAAAGAAGCAACGUUUUAAGAGUUGUUUAUACUUGGAUCCAUUAAAGAAAUAGUGGUGAAAAAUAAGUGUCUGGCCUGCUCUUCAAAAUACCAAGGUAAACACUAGGUGACCUAUUCCUUGUUCUUUGCCUAACCUGGCUGAACUCUGGAAGAAAGUAAUAAAUAGCAAUGGUUAAUUGGCGUCAUUUCUAAGUAUAACAUCCCCACUUCCUCACAUCAAGUUUGCCCAGGAUUCAAAGGUUUGUGAGCUAGACAAAUAAAAAUAUAUGGUGCUGUUUGAAAGAGAAGGGGCACAAGAGUUUUGUGGCCUGGCCCAAGACUCAGGGUCAACUCACACAUCACAGCGAUGUUGCCAGAAAUUGUUUCCCAAUGGCAACUUGUCCCUGACUGGCCUGUAGCAUUUAGGAGCACCACAAAAACUAGUCUUCAAGCACAACACAACUUCAAAAAUCAAAGAGAUGCCGUCUGAUGAUUCCAAGCUCUGCACUCUGGUGAACAAUCUUCCAGAUGGCACAGUUUUGGGCCACAGUCCAACAGAGUAAGGUGCUCUUAAGCCUACUGCUUUCAGCUAGCUUAAUCUUGCCUAACUUUUGUAGGAUUGUGGGCUUUAUGUAUUAAAGCCACAAUGGAUAUUUAAGGGAAUGUACUGCCACUAGAUCUAGUUGUAUAUCCAAAACAUAGAUUCUAGAUUUGAUGCAAAGUCUUUUGCUUCCUGCGAUUUAAAAAAAAGCACCAUCAAAACUUCAGUGUUGCCUUCAAAGGAAGUUUAUUCUGAAGAUGUUUCCCUGAACUACUUGAUGGGGCAUGACUAUAAGAAUGCAAGAAAAGCCCAGAUGGAUUAGACCAAAGGCCCAUCUGGUCCAGUGUCCUCUUCUCACAGUGGGCCGCCCAGAUGCCUAUAGGAAUCCAGCCAGCAGAACCUGAAUAUAACAGUGCACUUCUCAGUUGUGAUUUCCAGCAACUGGUAUUCAGAAGCAUACUUCCUCCAAUAGUGGUGUUAUAAGAAUUCUAAGGUCUCAAAUAAAAAAUUAAAUGUUCAUAAAUGUACAAGGCAAACACAUACAUAACUAUAUAAACCACAUGUCUGACCUGGAUUCAGGAACCAAACUAUUUACCAUCACAAAAGAAUGGCUAGGCUGCCCAGGUAAAGCAAUCAGUGACCAUUAUCAGCAUAUCCUGGCAGACAGGAUUUCUGCUGUAGACCGCCUCCUUCUGUGAUGUAUGUAUGAUGUUUUGGGGGGUGGUCUUGAGCUACAGGGUGGGCAGUUUCAAAAGUAUAUAUAAGGGCUUGCGCACCAUUGUUCUGGUUUCUCUCUUCCCUCCUGUGUGUGGUGAGUGGGGACCUUGUUGCAACAGUUAAUAAAGUUCAGGCUUACUAGCUGCUUUGCUUCUCAGUAUACUCUGGUUGGCCUCUGUUAUUUUCUCCUACCAAUAGGGAACCCACUUAAGGAUUCUAUAUGGGCUCUUGGAAGUUGAAAGGAGCAGGUUCCCCCCCCCAUAACAGUAGAUUCAAAAGUAACCUUUGUGCCCAGUAGCCAUUGAUAUCUUCCAUGAAACCCAUUUUAAAGCCAUUUAAGUUAGUGGCCUUAACUACCUCUUGUGGCAGAGAAUUCCAUAGUUUUCCAUGUUAUGUGUGAAGAAAUACUUUGUAGGCUGUCUAAUAGCAGUUGGUGGGGUGGCACAGGUAGGGUGGUGUUGCUCACAAAUGGUCCUGCUGCUUCUUGAGAGAGAGGGGUGAGGCACACUCUGGAGUGUGGCCAUUGUGUGAGCGAGAUGGCAGCAGUGUCAGAUUGGCACUACCACCACACCAUGCUGAGCUUCCUGCCCCUCUCAGGAACUGGCAGCGAUGCUUGGUGUUUAGAAGGCAAGUGAGCAAUGCCACCCUACCUGUGCCACCCUACCAACUGCUACUGAUAUAUAUAUAUAUAUAUAUAUAUAUAUAUAUAUGCUUGCUGUGGAGACAAAUCCAAAACUCUCCACAGUUACAUUGCAUAGCAAUGACAGGAAAUCCUUGUUUCUUGAAGAGAUAGUCAGUCAAAAUAAUACGUCAGGCCAGUGGGACCCUACAUCCACAAAAGGUGACCUAGACAUGUUAAGUCCCUGGGCUUGCUUGUUCUCUUCUAAUCUCAUGUUCCUUUCUUCUAAUCUCAUACUUUGUGUCUGGAAGAGAAUGUCUUUCUACUCGGGUUAAUAAGAACAUCAGUACAUCUAACAAGAAUUGGUCUUCACUUUUCCCCACCUGAUUUCACGAGGAAUUUGAUGGAGCUCUCAGGAUCCACAACAACAACUUUUUUAUUUAUACCCCACCCAUCUGGCUGGGUUUUCCCAGCCACUCUGGGCAGCUUACAGCAUAUAUAAAACAUGUAUGUUAUAUAUUGUCUCACUAAAAUGACAGUGUUGUUGGUGGCGGGAGGCUAAAUAAGAGCAAGGCCCUUGUCGCUUGCUAUCGUGGCCAUUUUUCUUUUUGCUCAUUCUCUUCUUCUGAAUCACAACUAUAGCAUGCAUUGGACCAACUGAAGCGAGAGUAAAUAUAUGCUUAGGCUACAAAGAGAAUCCCAUCCUGAUGCUCUUCUUUGAAGUACAGAUGUAACACAGGUCCAUAUAUCUUCAAGCCUUCUUUCAGGUAUGCCCAAAUAGAUAACUGAGAAUCUUCCCAUAAAAAAGCAGCCUAGUUAAUUUACCUGAGGAAAUUCACGAGGCUAUUCUAUACAUAAAGCCGCCUGGUUUAUUUGCUAUCCCAAACACUUAAACAAAGCAGCACAAUAUGAUAGGUAUUUACAAUCUACCAAAGCCUCAGUACCAUUGUAAACUGCAUUCCAGCCAGCACGCCUUCAUGGUUUAAAUAACUUCUACAUUUAGAAAAAGUAACUGGAAUAUCCAGCCCAGUUAAAUUUAGUUUUUUCUUCUGUACCCCAAGCUAUCACAAAGCUUCAAGAAUGUGUGCAUGGGCAAUUUUCAAAUGGAAACCUACCCAGGUAAGAUCUGAGCAUAUCUGGUAGAUUGGCUCAAACCCAUAAAAAGUUUAGAGAACAUUCUUAUGCAUGGCAUUUCAGACAGAAGUCCUACUGAGCUGAGUGGAGAUUACUCCCAAGUCAGUGGGAACAGGAUUGCAGCCUUACUGACACAAUUUACUCUGCAUUUUCUUUGGAGAAGGUAAUAUUGUGUCCUGAGCUAUCCAUGGACACAACCACAACUUCCUAGCAGCUAUUUCCAUUUUGAUGGCCGCUAUGAUCAUGGAAGUUACUUCUGGGUAACUGUGGCAGUAUUCCCUAAGGUUCUGGAUCACCCAGUUCCUUCUUCAUGUGAAGCUUUCGAAUGUAUGAAUGUAAUGUAUGAAUGUACCAACUGUUAGUCUGUACUGUAAAUGAGAGCAGAAUGCCUGUGAAAAUUCAAAACUGCCUAGGAAAGAGCCAUAUAAAUUUUUUAUUUGUACAAGUUUUUCUAUGUCGCCAUAUAUAAUAUCAUGGCAGCAUACAAAAUGAAUACAAAACCCCCCACCAUUUUCAAAAUAAAAGUACAAAUAAUUGUUAAGACUUCUAAUUAAAAAUAAAAGAUUAAACAGCUGCAAAGGCCUGUUAAUGGGGGGGGGGAUGUUUUCUCAGAGAUGCCUGAAAGUCAAAAGCAAGGAUGCUCUGCCCAAUCUCUCCUGGAAGACUAUUCCAAAGCAUAGGACUGGGUACCUUAACUGCCCGACUUCUGUUCACUCAAAUGUAAGCUCCAUUGAGUUCAAUGGGGUUUCCUCUAAGAUAAAGGUGUUUAGCCAGGAUAGCCAAUGUAUUGCCCUCCAGAUGUUGUGCUACAACUCCCAUCAGCCCUCGCUAGCAUAAGCAAUGGUCAAGGAUGAUGAGACUUGUAGGCCAAAAAUAUGUGGCGCGCACCACAUUGUCUAUUCCUAGUGUGUUGGACUGUAGCUUUAAUUACAUCUUUCUUUACUUAAAUUCCUCCUAAUAUACAUACAUUUAUAUGCAGGUUUGCCCAAGAUACGUAUUUUGGCAAAGUGAUUUCCCCUAAUACGUUGCAUUUUUGUAUGCUGUCUUAACUGAUACAUGAAGUCUUAUGCACACUUUACUUCGUUUUUGUACACAUUAAGUGGCUGGAGAACUGCAUCGCGAAAUUUGGGAAAGUGUGAGACAGAAUGCAUGCAGAAAAGUGACCAUUUGGAGAAAUCAUGGGAAUGCUUAGACAGACAGUACCACAGAGAAAAAUAACUGUGUUGGGAAAAACAUGAGAAUGCUUCAAGAAGGAGUAGGGUAGAGAAAAUAAAAUGUGGGUGGGGGAAUGGGAUACUUCGGGACAGACCUUAGAGUAAAGAGGCAGUGUUGAGAAACCAGAGUGAUGUGUGGAAAAUCAGCAGACAUCACCAUUUAACAGUCAAGUCGUUUUCGGCGAAAUAAAGGGCCCUUUUUCCUCAAAAAGAACAAUUUAUGUUUCUGUCAGGUGUAUGUCUGGGCUUCUGAUGAAGCUUAGUGAGGUAAUGUCUCCAAAAGUGGAGGGAAGGGUGCAGAGUAGAGGAGCAGGCCCUAUCACUUUGACACGGCCCAUUCACAUGGUGUACUUUCCUCCAACCAUUCACCAAAUUUAUGCCGAAUGUUGGUUAUUUUGAAGCCUUUGACUAUUUCCCCACCCAACAAAAUCCGUGUGAAAGAUAGACAUUCAAAGGCCAUGUGAUGAUGCCUCUGUCAGUGAUAUGAGGAAAUCUAGUCUUGUUCCAAAUAAUUCUUCUUUAAACUACAGCGCCUUUUUGCCUGGCUAGUGAAAGGCUUUCAAACAGUCAUAUCCGCAGGUCAAAUGAUUGUGACUGGCCAUAAGGUAAUUCCCCCUCCCCCACAAAUAAACUGCAAACAGUGGAUAUACAGAUACGAGCUGUUAACAUGCAUCCUAUUAGGAAUAUUCAGGAAACAACGGCUCAUACACAAGUUAGUCAUGGCCCGCAGUCCCAGAGUUCCUGUUUCCUGCUGUUAUUCAUGGAAAACAACACACUCUGCACAUGCUCAGAGGUACUAUGCCCAGGGCUGACAAUUAUCCUGCUUGUCCUGCAGUCAUUCUCCUAGAUUUCUUUCUCUCUUAGAUUUCCCCUGACUCCAUUUAAAAACUCAUUUGUUGAAAGGUACCUGUGCCUUUAAUAGCUGCCUGUGAGGCAGAAAUUCAACAUGUGGCUGGAGUUUUUGUGUUUCUUUCCCUAAGGGACAGUGGCCUCAGUGGGGCUACCACAAAAGCUUAUAAAAAAAAUGAAGAGUGCUUGCCCAAGAAGAUAUUUCAAUUUGUGGUUGACAGCAAUGCUUACAUGUGCUGGCAGACAUCAUUUUAAUGCAACUGCCAGGGCACCUAAAAAUUGUAAUGUUGUGAGGGGUGGUGUUUGCAGUCAGCCAGCAUGCACCGGCACACAUAAAUCUAUUUUUAAGUGGCCUGACAGCUCUGUGAAUUGACCCUGAGUUUAGUGAAGCCAAUGGGAGUGAUUCUUUGACUGCACAGAGUGGCACCGCAAUCCAAAUACAUUUACUUCCUUGCAAGUAAAUCUCACUGAAAACAGUGGAAGUCUCACUGAAAGCAAUGGAAUGGACUACCAAAUAAGGCAGAGGUGUCACAUUGCUUUCUGAUCCAAGCAGAGCUUCAGCUUGGCUUGACUCUGUUCUAAGCAAAUUAGUCAAACUAAUUAAGCCCAUUGAAACGGAUGUUUAACUUUAAUUAAAAUGCAAACCGAAGAAAUUAAUCUAUGUCAAAAACUUGUCCAAGUUUUCAAAGAGGUGCAAAUUUGAAUGUGAGCAUUAAUCAAAGAAAAUGAAUACGGUUUAACCUAUUUUAUUCAGACCUCCCAUAGGCAGCCUGCUAUAUAUACUAAAUCUGCUUUAUGACCUCCUCUAUUCUAGACACCAAUUUCAUGCCCCCCGAAGGGUCUUCACAAAAGAGCCUGUACUGCAGUGGAACUAGAUUCAUUAUCUCUAGAAGUCUUGUUGGCAUCAAAUCUGGCAGCCACAGUCCUUCUGCUUGCAGUAAUGUUCCAGUCUGUAAACAUGGUGAUGCAUUAUGAGCUACCCCCAUUUUUCAAAAAACAAAAGCUUAAACCUUCCUCCUUUUUCUUUUGUUUCAUUUCUCUCUCUCUUUUCUGUCUGUUUCUCUUUAAAAGCAGCACUUCCUUUUUUGUCACCUCAAGCCAAGGUGUAUGAAAAAGGAGGUUUAUAAGGGAUGCCUCACACGUUAAUUUGUAGCUCCUCGUGUGGUUAUUUUAUUACUUUUGACCAGUGUUAUGUUUCCAGAAAAAGAGGUGCUGGAACUCACCACGAACGCUUCCCUUCUUCUCUUAUAAUGGCAAUGGUGCCCACCUGAGAGGUGCUGGAACUGAGUUCUGAUGUGAUUUCUAGCUGAAAAAAGCCCUGCAAAGUCUCUUAUGAAGUUCAUUUAGGAAUACUAGGAUGAAUGCCUUUAUGGAUCACUCUUUCCCUCAGUGGCUUCCUGAAAGCUCACAAGAACAAUAGCAUGGCAAAAACCUUCUGCAGUGAUGACCCCUCCCCCAUCAACAACUAUUUGGUGAUACGUUGCAUCUGAACACAGAGGUUCCAGUUAGGUAUUGUGGCUAAUAGCCACUAAUAAACCUAACCUCCAUGGGUUUGCCUAACACAGGGGAGGGGAAACCAUGGCCUUCCACGUGCGAUUUGACUCCCAACUCCUCUCCGUCCCAGCAAACAUGGCCGACAGUCAGGGGUGAUGGGAAUUAUAGUCCAUAAAGUUCACCAUCCCUGAUUUAAUCCCUAUCAAAAGCCAUUUUAAUCAGAGGCCGCCACCAUAUCUAAAGACCAAGCAUUCCACAGGUUAAUUAUGAGUUUCGUGAUAGAAUACUUGAGAAGGCGGAUCUGUCCUCAAACUAUUGCCAAUAAGGUUUAUUAGAGGGCCUCAAGUAUUAUCAAAGAAAGAGAGAAUUCUCUCCAUGCAUUGUCUUUUUUUUCUGAGUCACCUAACACUAAACAUUUCAGCCUUAUGACCUGGGGAAAGUGUCCAAACUGCUGCACCAUUGUGGUUCCCCUUCUCUUCACAAUUUACAGCUCUGACAUCCUUUUAAGUGGGAUAAGUAGAACAGUACACGGCAUUUCUUAAGAAGAAGAGACUGCUGGAUCAGGCCAAUGGCCUAUCUAGUCCAGCAUCCUGUUCUCACAGCAGCCAACUGGACGCCUAUGGGAAACUCAGUUUCAAUUUCAGACAUACAGGCAUUAUGAUAAUGCCUAUUCUGUAUCUAGUCCUUUUCUGAAAUAAUCUAUAGCACAGAAAUUCCUGCCCCCAACCCUCAGUGUUGCAUACUGAGUUGAUGCUUUCAUUCAGCUAUCCACCAGCUAUCUUUUCCUACUUGAUUCUUUUGGUUACUAUGUACAUUUGUUCUGUGGUAUUCUGUUCAAUCUUAUAAUGCACUUCUACAAAAUAAAAAAAUAAUAAAAAAGAGGCUAUCCACCAUAAACACCAAGAUCUCUUUCCUGGUUAGUCAAUUCAGACUGCAUCUGUGUAAAGGUUUCCCUCUGACCAGAUGUGCAUGAAUUUGUGCUCAUUGUAUUUACCUUUCCUCCAGGGAUCUGAAGACUGUGCCUUGUUGCCUUUGCUUUGCUUUCAGAGCUUAUCUUGGCUUGGAGGCUUCUUGCAUAAGCAUAGACACACCUCUCCAAAUGUCAUUUUCAUAUGCGACUGUUCCCAAGACUGUUUUGGCUGCUCCAGACUGGCUUCGCCCCAGUUCUUCUCAGCUUUCCCCCAGAAAAAUCAGUUUAAAUGCAACUCUGUUGCCUUUUUGAUGUUUCUCCAUUUUUCAUGAGUUGUCUUGGCACAUUGGUUACUGCCAUGUGGGUUCUGCUUUUUCUAAUUAGAGACAAAUGGAUUUUGCCACACUUGAAAUGGGAAACUUUUCCUUCCCAGAAGCUGGAAUUGUUGUAUGUUAACAUUGCUGUGAGUUUGGACCAUUUGUCGUUCAAGUGUCAGCGUGGGACCGUGGGAAUUACUUGCACUGACACCAUCAGGAAAAAGAUACCCAGAUAUUAAUUAAGGGGUUUGUGUGGCAUCUUUGCUGAACUACUGGCAGCAAUGAGAGAACAGAAAAUGCAAACUUUAUAAACACUUUAAUCAUGGCUUCCUGUGUGCAUAUAAAAUAGGAAAGCUUCAGACAUUUUCCCAGUAGGAGGAGAGCUGUUUCUGCUUCCAUAGGAACACAGGAAGCUGACACAUCCUAAAUCAUACCAUUACUCCAUUUCACAUAGUAUUGUAUACACUGACUGGCAAGGACUCUCCAGGGCUUCAGACAAAGGAUAUUCCCAGCCCUAUCCAGAGAUGUCAAGGAAGCGGAAGGCUCAAUUUUACAUUAUGUGGUGGAUCUGUAAGAAAAUAAAGGAAUUUUGGGAUGUAAUUUAUAAUGAGCUCAAAAGAAUGAUCAAAGUAUCCUUCAUAAAAAAACCGGAGGCUUUCCUCAUGGGGAUAUUAGGUCCAGACAUACCAAAAAGUGCGAGUGAAAUAUUAUUGUAUGCCACGGUAGCUGCAUGAAUAUUAAUCGCUAUGAACCGGAAAGGGGAGAGAAUUCUGACAAAGGUGGAGUGGCAAAGUAAACUGUUGGAAUACGCCAAGUUGGCAAAAAUGACAGAAAAACUGAGAGGUCAUACUGAUCAAACAUUUAUUAGGAAAUGGGACAUGUACAAAAAAUAUCUUAAGGACUACUGUAACAAUAUGAUGUCAGUGGCAGGCCUUGAAUGACUUCUGUGGUAUGAUGGAUAAUUAUAAGAGAAUAUAAUAUUGAUGAAAAUUAACAAAAGACUAGAUAGACUAAGUGGUAGAUGCAUGAUGGGGUGGUGGAAAGCCUUUAGAAACUCAAGAAGAACUUAUUGUGAUGUGGAAUAACAAAUAUUACCAUUUUCUUUUCUUUCUUCUGGAUAAUUCUUAUGUUUGUUAUUUCUUUUUAAUCUCAAUAAAGCAUAAACUCCCCCCCCCCGAGAUGUCAGGGAUUGAACCAGGGACCGUCUGCAUGCAAAGCAGAUGCUGUACCACUGAGCUACUGCCCUUCCCCAUACAGAGGGAGGAACAAUAUCUCUUUCUGGCAGCAACCUCUGUGCCUGAUGGGUGCUAAACUGGGCAGUUUUUUCAGGUGGCGUGAUGGGGAAAGUGACUGAGAAAGCCCUCUGUAAAGAGAAAGACUGAGAGCAGUCCCACUCACAUGUAAUGUCACAUGCAUACACAUAGAGGACACACACACAGGUGCACAGCUCCCUGUUCAGGUGUGAUAUAUAUGCCUGCAUGCAAACCAGCCCACCAGAAGCACUUAAGGCUCCCAAGUCAUCAUUAGCAAAAACUUGGGACUGAUCUCUUUUAUAUGGGAAGCACCUCCAAGUUGCUGAGGUAAAGGACCCCUGACAGUUAAGUCCAGUCGCAGAUGACUCUGGGGUUGCACCGCUCAUCUCGCUUUACUGGCCGAGGGAGCCGGCAUUUGUCCGCUCCACAGACAGUUUUUCCGGGUCAUGUGGCCAGCAUGACUAAGCCACUUCUGGCGCAACGGAACACCGAAACCAGAGCAGUGCACGGAAAUGCUGUUUAUCUUUCCACCGGAGCGGUAUCUAUUUAUCUACUUGCACUUUUUGGGGUGCUUUCGAACUGGUAGGUUGGCAGGAGCUUGGACCUAGCAACGGGAGCUCACUCCAUUGAGGGGAUUCGAACCGUCAACCUUCUGAUUGGCAAGCCCAAGAGGCUCAGUGGUUUAGACCACAGCGCCACCCGUGUCCAAGUUGCUCAGGUAACCAAUACUGUAUCAGGAUCAGUUGUCAAUAAAAUGAAGCCCAUCUCCCCCCACUUUGGGAUUCCUGAGAAAAUAAUCUCUAAUAAUAGGCUGCAGUUUUCAUCUGAUUUAGCAAUGAAAGAAUCUGUCAGUUUGGUUCUCUCUGUUUCCUCAUGUUUCCAGUCUUAAAUUCAGUUCUCCACAUUUCUGCAGCAAUUUCAAUUAAAACAAGAAUUCCUCAUGAAAAUUGCUCAGUGUUUAAGGCAAAUUUCUCCUCAUAAAAACAUUUUUAUAUACAGUUUUGACUAAUGAACACAUUUUUGCAAAAGUUAUUUCCCCUAAUAUAUUUUACACAUAUAUUCCUUUUUAUGCAAACUGCUCCGUAAUAUAAACACUUCCAUGAAUAUUGUUUGGUUGGAGAACUGUGUCGUAAAAUUCAGAAAACUGAUUUUCAAAAGAUGGGUGUGUUUGGAUUCUCAUAUUGUUUAGGAAACUGAGAAUUUCGAAAGCUUGACUUGUAAGUGCAAAUUGAAUCAAAUUUCUCCCCAUCCCUAAUAUGAAAAUUUGCAGAGGCUUAUAGAUUUCAACCCUUCUUACCUCCAAGUCUGUUGUUUCUCCAGAGCGACAGUGAAAUAGAACAUGUUGUCCUGACUAAAAAACACCUGUGGUUGAAAUCAUCCAUCCUCUACCUUGUCCUAUUGACAUAGCAGCCAACACCUUUGGCAAAAGGCUUCAGCCCAGUUGUUCCUAGGAUGGAAGUUCCAUUCCAAGAUUCCAGCAUUUGCCACCUAACUAACUCCAUCUUGGUCUGAUUUCCACAGCUUCGCAGAACAGGAUGCCUAUUAUAAAGCUUGCCGGAAGAACGUCUGUGGCAAAUGGCAUAAUGCUAAACUCAUGAAACCAGAAGACCUGCUCUGCACAAAGGAGUCCUAUGAAAAUGUGCCAGUACAGGAGAAUGCAGAGACUCCUUGA